GCGCAGCAACGCCCAUAGCAACGGCGCUGCGCAUCCUCAAUCUGUUUCUCUGACCCAGCAACACCGGCCGCCCUCCACCAACAACCAACCUGCUUUCCGACGACCUUCUGAACGCUGGAUCCGUAUCACACCGUUGUGUUUUUCUUUUUAUCGCAAAGGACCAUGAACGCGCCUUGUGCGGUUAUUGUCUCAUCAUUCAAGGUCCCCUGGUCAUUUCGAAAGCCCUUCCUUCAGCUGAAACAAUAAGGGAUCCUCCUCCCUUCAACUCACCUGUAAAUUCUGGCCUAUCAAGGACCUGGCAGCGGCACGGGAGCUCUGCCCACCACACCCUCUAAAUGAGGGACAAGGCCACCCAGACCCCUAGGGCCUGGGUAGAUGAGCGGAGGAGAGGCUCUCAUAAGCGAUCGGCUUCCUGUGGCAGCACUGACCAGCUGAAAGAGAUUGCAAAAUUGCGACAACAGCUCCAGCGGAGCAAACGCAGCAGCCGCCAUCGUCGGGACAAAGACCGCAAAUCCCCCUUUAAUGGCAACCAUGCCAUCAUCCAAUCACAGUCUCAGAUGCCUAAAACCAUCCUGAUUCCCAUCCCCAUCUCUAAGUCCACACCUCCCAGAUUUCGGAACAGCAUAGAGGGGCUCAACCAGGAGAUUGAACGCAUCAUCAUACGGGACACUGUGGAGAGAGAUGAGAUCAUAGUACCACAGGAUGUUCCUGAUGGGCACCGCGCGCCCCCGCCCCUCCCCCAGCGCAGCAGCAGCACACGCAGUAUUGACACACAGACGCCCUCCAACGGCGGCCUCGGCAGUAACCGUAGCAACAGCAGCAGCCGGGCUGACUCUGUCUCACCGUCGUACCUCAGCAUCCUCAAUGACACGGUCGGAAACAGCCCGCUCGAUGACACGCUCAACGAGAGCAAAGAAAGAGACCUAGGACCUUGGUCUCCUCUGCCCAAAUAUGCUUCAUCUCCAAAGCCCAACAACAGCUAUAUGUUCAAACGUGAGCCUCCGGAGGGCUGCGAGAGAGUCAAAGCUUUUGAAGAAAACCAGCCAAGGCCUCUCCAAGAGAUUCCUCCUUAUCUCUGCCCAGACAGAAACAAGGUGAACUUCAUUCCCAAAAGCGGCUCUGCUUUCUGCCUGGUGAGCAUCUUGAAGCCUCUGCUGCCCACCCAGGAGCUGAACUUCCGUAGCGGGAUGGGAUACCAAGGCAUCUCUCACUCACUGGUGCCUCUGGGUGGGGUCGCGGUGAGGAGCCUGUCCCCCUCCAUGGGUCCCGUUUUGUCCCGUGGACGUCAGUCACCAUGCCUCCCACGACAUCUUGAGGAGCCAGAAGGUUAAAACGUAACAGAAGAAUGUCAACUGAUGAACAGAGAUGCCAUUUUUCCCACACUCCUGUAUCGUCUGAUAGAGUCAGAGCUUUGUUAGGAAUUUAUUCAAGAACCGGUUCUGAACAACUCCGAGAGAU